AACAACAACAACCAAAAAAAAAAAAAAACACCAAACUUGACCUUUAGUGUGAGGGGUGGUGCAGGGGGCAGAGUCCUGGGGACAGGAGCAGCCACUGUUGACAGUGCCUAGGCCACCACGUGGGGCUGGAGGUGGGGAAUGGAGCAGACAGAUUCCCUGAAGUCAGCACCUGGGGACCUAGGGACAAAGGUGAGCCUGGGUAUUCCACAGCCACUUCUCAGGAGACAGCGGAUAUCAUGGGUGUCCUGCAGCGGCUGGCCUUUCUGCUACUGCUGCUGCUACUGCUUCGGGGACUGGGGCAGCCAGUGUGGCCAGCAGCUGUGGCCCUGGCCCUGCGCUGGCUCCUAGGGGACACUGUAUGCUGCGUGCUGCUCAGCCUGGCCGUGCUGGUGCAGCCCUGGCUCAGCCCAUGGGUGCCUCACUGGCUGAAUUUUGUCGCUGCGUCCCUCGCACUGACUCUGCUUCCUGCACAGCCGCCCCCAGGGCUACGUUGGCUGUUUGCUGAUGUGGCCUUCCUGGCCAAGAUCCUCCACCUGGGCCUGGACAUCAGGGCGCGCUUGAGCCGACAGCCGGUCGACACCUUUGUGGACACAAUUGAGCGGCAGGCAAGAGCUCAGCCUGGCCAGGUGUCGUUGGUGUGGACGGGGCCUGGGGCCCGCUCCGUCACUUUUGGCGAGCUAGAUGCCCAGGCCUGCCGGGCGGCAUGGGCCCUGAAGACCAAGCUGGGCGGCCCUGCGGGCCUGUGUGCCGGGGAGACCGCUGCCCUCCUGGUGCUGGCCUCCCAGGGCAUUCCUGCCCUGAGUUUGUGUCUGGGACUGGCCAAGCUGGGCUGCCCAGCCGCCUGGAUUAACCCGCAUGGCCGCGGGGCACCCCUGGUACACUCAGUGCUGAGCUCUGGGGCCCGGGUGCUCGUGGUAGACCCAGACCUCCGGGAGAGCCUGGAGGAGAUCCUUCCAAAGCUGCAGGCUGAGAACAUCCGCUGCUUCUACUUUAGCCAUACUUCCCCUACACCGGGUGUGGGGGCUCUGGGGGCAGCGCUGGACGCUGCACCCCCUGAUCCAGUGCCUGCUGACCUUCGUGCUGGGAUCACACGGCGAAGCCCUGCCCUGUUCAUCUACACCUCCGGGACUACUGGCCUCCCAAAGCCAGUCAUCCUCACGCAUGAGCGGGUGCUACAGAUGAGCAGGAUGCUGUCCUUGUGUGGGGUCACAGCUGAUGAUGUGGUCUACACAGUUCUGCCUCUGUACCACUCGAUGGGGCUCGUCCUUGGGGUCCUUGGCUGCUUAGAGCUCGGUGCCACCUGUGUCCUGGCCCCCAAGUUCUCUGCCUCCAGCUUCUGGAAUGAUUGUAGGCGGCAUGGUGUGACAGUGAUCCUAUAUGUGGGCGAGGUCCUACGGUACUUGUGUAACACUCCCGAGCAACCAGAGGACCGGAAACAUACAGUCCGCCUGGCGAUGGGCAAUGGACUCCGGGCUGACGUGUGGGAGACCUUCCAGCAGCGCUUUGGUCCCAUUCGGAUCUGGGAACUCUACGGCUCCACAGAGGGCAACAUCGGCUUCGUUAACUAUCUGGGGCGCUGUGGGGCCGUGGGCAAGACGAGCUGCUUCCUUCGAAUGCUGUCCCCUUUUGAGCUGGUAAAGUUCGACAUAGAGACAGAGGAGCCUGUGAGGGACAAUCGGGGCUUCUGCAUCCCUGUGGGGCCAGGGGAGGCGGGGAUCCUGUUGGCCCAGGUGGUAGCCCGCCAACCCUUCGUGGGCUACCGCGGCCCCCGAGAGCUGUCGGAACGGAAGUUGGUGCGGGACGUGCGGCGCACCGGUGACGUUUACUACAACUCCGGGGACGUCCUGGCCGUGGAUCGCGAAGGAUUCGUCUAUUUCCGCGACCGCCUUGGGGACACCUUCCGAUGGAAGGGUGAGAACGUGUCCACGCGGGAGGUGGAGGGCGUGUUGUCACAGGUGGACUUCCUGCAGGAGGUUAACGUCUAUGGCGUGUCUGUGCCAGGGUGUGAGGGUAAGGUGGGCAUGGCUGCCGUGCAGCUGGUCCCCGGCCAGACUUUCGAUGGGCAGAAGCUAUUCCGGUACGUCCGUGCUUGGCUCCCUGCCUACGCUGUCCCCCAUUUCAUCCGCAUCCAGGACGCCCUGGAGAUCACAAGCACGUUCAAACUGGUGAAGACCCGGUUGGUGCGUGAGGGCUUCAACGUGGGUGUCAUCGUUGACCCCCUGUUUGUACUGGACACCCAGGCCCAGACCUUCCUGCCCCUGACAGCAGACAUAUACCAGGCUGUGUGUGAGGGAACCUGGAGGUUCUGACCCUCUGACCAGCCCACAGGGACAGGAACCAACUCUGACCACCACUGUACUCAGUGUCACCUUCACCCUGGGCCUGCAUGAGGUUGUCAUGAAUCCCAGCCUGACCAUAUCCCUAACCUAACUGCACUGGAAAUGACAGUAGGCCCUGUAGCAGUGCGAGAAUAAACUCGAAUAUAUACACA